GCCCCCCUAUGGGGCUCCGCGCCCCACCUCUUUUUUUUUAACCCAUAAAUGCCCUACGGAACUUAAACUUCCGUAUUCAAUAAAAUAGAAUACGGAAGUUAAAAUUCCGUAUUAUAACUCUGACAGUCAUCACCUUUUCCACCAUUACUCCUCCCUCCACCAACCCCUCCACCAUUACUCCUCCGUCACCAACCCCUCACCAGCCCCCUUAACCCCCUCAAUGCCUCCAGACCACCCUCUCUCUCACCCUCUCCUACCUCACUUUCAUCCUCACUUCCAUUCUUCCUACCACCACCACCAACUCCUUCAUUGGCAAGCUCUCCACCAUUGGAUGCAAAAAGAUAGCAUUUGAGGGAUGACAGAAUCAUUUUUAUUUCAUGAAUCCCAAUUGAUUGAAGUUGGAUUGAACAAUGCUCAACCUGAAGAGGUGCCACCACCAGCAUUUGUACCCCCGUGUAUAAGUAUAGAUGUCUCGCAUUUAUUUACAACUGAUCAGAUUUUCCCUACCCGUGAUGAUCUUAUCAAUUGGGUUCAUGGAAUUGCGAUUGAAAAUGGAUAUGUUGUGUUGAUCACAAAGUCAGAUAGCGGUGGGAAUGGAAGCAGAAAAGCUUAUGUCAUGUUGGGGUGCGAGAAGCAUGGUAAGUAUGUUCCCUACAGAGACCCUGACCUUGUUGAAGGAACGAGAACACAAAAGACAGAAUGUCCUUUUAGACUAAAAGGACGACCUAUGAAAAAUGACAUAGAUAGAGAUUGGCGGCUAAAGGUGAUGGAAGGUACACACAACCAUGAACCAGCUAGGUCACUACUUGGCCACAAUUUUGUUGGUCGUCUAAAUUCCGAAGAGAAGGAGCAAGUGGAAAAAAUGUCAAAGAGUUGGGUUCCACCGAGAAAGAUGCUGUUGACUUUGAAGGAAAACAAUCCUUUAAACUUCCACCUCCUGUACAUCGUGUUAUAGCUGUUGGUCAUGUGAUAAAUCACUUUGUACAGCUCCAUCUAACUCCUGGACAUUCUAUGCCGCCAAUUGCUCUCCAGUGGGAACGGUAUGUUGAUCCUAUAUCAGUAAGCUGGUGCGUCCCAUAUGUUACACGUUUACACAGGUUCACAUCAGAAUUCGAAGCUUGGCUUGUUACUUUUGGUGUUCCUCUUAGUCACCAAA